AUGCCGUCCAUCCACGUCUCCAAAUGCGCUGAUCCAGCCAUAAAGCUUGCCCACCGUAUCGCGGAAGUUGUCCGCAGCAAGCCGAAUUGCGUUCUGGGCCUGGCGACCGGAUCGACCCCCAUCCCCGUCUACCAGGAGCUUGCCCGUCUCCACCGCGAGGAAGGCCUAGACUUCUCGCAGGUCAGGACUUUCAACCUGGACGAGUAUGCAGGGCUCCCUCCCACGCACGACCAGAGCUACCGCUUCUUCAUGGAGGAGCACCUCUUCAGCAAGGUCAAUAUAAAGCCGGAGAAUGUACACUUCCUCAAUGGAAUGGCUUCGGACUACGAAAAGGAGUGCGAGCGCUAUGAGCAGGAGCUCAAGGCGAUUGGCCCCUGCGAUGUCUGGCUUCUGGGGAUCGGGCACAACGGUCACAUCGCCUUCAACGAGCCGGGGUCCCCGAGAGACAGCAGGACGCGCGUCGUCUGCCUGACCCAGAGCACGAUCGACGCCAACGCGCGCUUCUUCGGAAACGACAAGUCGAAGGUCCCGACCAAGGCCCUCUCUGUGGGGAUAGCAACCAUCAUGGAGAGCCGCGAGAUCCUCCUUCUCGCCACCGGUGAGAGCAAGCGCGAGGCUGUUACUAAGAGUGUUAAAGGAAAGUGCGAGACCCAUUGCCCGGCCUCCUUCCUCCAUGAACAUCCUCACUGUCGUUUCUAUGUCGACAUGGAUGCAGGCAAGGAGGUGGAUAACACUUGUUGCCAAGCUACAAACCAAGCAAGCUGCUGCGGCUCCACUUCCUGUCACGCUGCAAAAGCUUAA